AUGUCCUCCUACCAUCCUCCUACCCAGGCCUACCAGGCCCACGCCGCGCCUCCACCUCGGUCGGUCCAGUCGUUCAACCCCGUGGCCGUCGUCAAUGCCCCGGCAGGCACCUUUCUGCCAGGGACCAAGGUGCAAGUCGGUUCUCAUCGCGUUGUCGUGGAAAAAUACCUCUCCGAAGGCGGCUUUGCCCAUGUCUACGUCGUGCGCCUUUCGCAGCCCAUCGAGGGCUCCGAUCGAGCGGUUCUGAAGCGGGUGGCUGUCCCCGACAAGUCUGCUUUGGCGAAUAUGCGGACGGAAGUGGAGACAAUGAAGAAACUCAAGGGUCACCGGCACAUCGUCAAGUACAUCGAUUCCCAUGCGUCGCAGCUGCGAGGCGGCGGCUACGAGGUGUUUCUGCUGAUGGAGUUCUGUUCCGGGGGCGGCUUGAUCGACUUCAUGAACACUCGCUUGCAGAACCGCUUGACUGAGCCCGAGAUCAUCAAGAUCUUCUCCGAUGUCGCCGAGGGCGUCGCCUGCAUGCACUACCUCAAACCCCCUUUACUGCAUCGCGAUCUCAAGGUCGAGAACGUCCUCAUUUCCUUGCAGGGGAAGACCCCUCUCUAUAAACUAUGCGAUUUUGGUUCGACGGCACCACCUCGUCCCGCGGCGACCACGGCGGCCGAAGGUCGACUGAUCGAGGAUGACGUCCAACGGCAUACAACCCUCCAGUACCGCAGUCCCGAGAUGAUCGAUGUCUAUCGCAAGCAGCCCAUCGACGAGAAGAGCGAUAUCUGGGCUCUGGGUGUUUUGCUCUACAAACUGUGUUAUUACACGACCCCGUUCGAGGAGGUGGGGCAGAUGGCCAUUCUGAAUGCGAGCUACAAAUUCCACUCCUAUCCUUUAUUUUCGGAUAGAUUGAAAGCACUCAUCGCCUCAAUGCUGAAAGAGAAUCCUCAACAGCGCCCGACUAUCUACGAGGUUGUGCGCGAAGUAUGCACGAUGCAAGGAAAAGAGGUCCCAAUUCGUGAUAUCUAUGCCAGUCGCUCCGUGUCAGAAGCUCGUCGAUACCAGGAACUGCCCCCUUCCCCAGUUGAAGCACCUCAGUUAGGGGCCGUGUUUUCUCCACCCAUGCAAGAAACACAGAUCAUUCCGGAGAUUGCGCCGAUGCGUCGAGGGCGUCCGACCAAACCGGAUCAUUCCCCGCACACCUCGGCGAAAGCCAAUGCGUCACCGUUCCGGGAAAGCUCCGCCUCUGAUCCGUUUGCCAUCUUGGACGGCAACGGACACCGAUCUCGGAAUUCCAUCGAGGAUUUCUCGAACCGAUUCCCGGCGCUGGAUCAGUUCUCGAUCCUGAACGAGCAGAAGGACAAAUUCGACUUUGAACCGGCGGCUGCGGAGAAGAAGCCCGAAGACGAUGAUCUUGCGCGCAGGCUGACCAAUGCGCUUGCGGACGACGCCUUUGCGAAGCGGCCCGACCCCCCUCAGGCUGAAGCCCCUCGGGAGCUACCGAUCAUUCAACGACCCCAAACAUCCGCGGUGGACACCAAGCCCGUCGAGCCAUCGAGACAUGUCCGCGAGCAGUCGGCCCAGCAGACCCCGCUGUAUCAGCCUGUCCCCCAGCGGCCCGUGAUGGUCUCAACUGGGACGAUGACAUCGCCUCCGGCUACGCCCGCAUUCGUAGAGCCCAAGCCAUCUAGCCGUCCCAUCCACCGAUUCCCGUCGUCUGACCAUCAGCGCCAGUCUUCUACCCACCGUUGGUCGGAAAGUGAUCAAAAACCGCCGAGAUUGAGCCAAGCGGCCUCACCGACUCGACCCGAACCGAGCCGGAUCUCGUCGGACAAAUUGUCGAGCCUGUCGUCCACAUCGUCACGACCGUCGUUAGAAGGACGGCCGUCGAAUCUGGACGUCGAUGACCCGGUCGGGCGGUCCAAGUCGGCCAAUGGCAAGACCCGGCCAGUCUCUGUCCAUGCUGGAUCGCGGUUAGAAUUCUCGCGGGGUUCUGGAAGUGCUCGUUCCUCCCUCGACCUCUCCCGGCCGAUGUACGAAGGUGGAGCACCGCUGCAGCAUGCGCGCACCGAGAUGGACCAGAUCCCCGACCGAGCCAACAUCUCCUCGGACGUUGAUUUCUUGCGUGCGCGGGAGGAGGAGCUCAAUCGGAAGCGCGAGAAGCGGUACAGCGGCAGUACCAAGCACAGCAAGCGCUCCAGUUUAUCGACCUUGUCUCUUUCCGGAACCAAGACGCUGUUCGGUGGUCGAUUUGGCGACGCGUUCCGCCGAUUCGAACAGAGUAACCAGGACAAGGCGCCGUCUCCCCCGGCGGCCGAGGAUGCCGCCAAGCCGUUCCCGUCCGUAACGGCAUCGGAGCUGGCGGUAGAGUCUGCGGCUGAGGUGAGCGACGAGGAGAACGAGGAGGACAUUUCCCCCGAGAUGCGGCGCGAGCUCGAGCGCCGACGGUUGUCGCAGGAGGAGAAGCGAGUGGCGGCCGCAGCGGCCGAGUAUCGCCGCCGGGUUGCGGCACGAGGCGAGGGAGGCCCCGGCGCGGGAUCGGAUGGACAUCGGUCAUCGGCCAUUCAGAGUCGGGUACAGUCACUGCUGGGACAGAGCAAUAAACCCCCGCCACAGAAGACCGCGACGGGCUACGGACGGUACACCGACGAAUCGGAUUCUGCUUUGCAGGCGAAGCAGACCACCGACGCGCGACCGGAGUCGCGGCCAGGGACUCGGGGUGCCGGGGCGCCCUACCCAUCGUCCCAGGAACGGGCCCCCAGCGUGUCUCCGCAAGAAGGGGCGCCGACGGGAUGGUCGUCGGCCUCCGGGCACCGCACGGGUUCGCGACCGAUGGCGCCUCCCAAGCCUAAGGGGCUUCGCGUGGGAGGCGGGGAUCUGAGCCGGCCUACGGGCGAGGAUCGUAGUCCGACAUCCACCACGGCGCCGACGCCGAUCAGCCCCGGCGACGACUGGGAAGCCAAUUUCAGCCGACGGUUCCCUAGUCUCUCUGGGUUGGAGAUGGUGGAGACGGAGAUUGAGAUACCCAAGUUUGCGAGCUCGAGGACCAAGGAGGUCUAG